AUGCCCUGCUGCCAGCACUGGAAGGGCCUUUGUGUAACCUGUGAUCUGUUUUUCCUUGAAGGUCUUGCAGUCUUCAGCAGUGUGGGUGCUGAUGGGAAUGCAACUGCCACCAGUGAAACAAAGAGGCUGUUCUGUAGCACACCAGAGAACUGUACAGGUAACGUUACACAACUGAGGCGGAGAGGACAUUUUUCCAAGUGCCCUGAGGAGUACAAACAUUACUGUGUCAAAGGGAGAUGUCGCUAUGUCACGGUAGAACAGACACCAGCUUGCGUGUGUGAGAGAGGCUACACUGGAGCAAGAUGUGAGAGGGUGGACAUAUUUUACCUGAGAGGUGACAAGGGCCAGAUUGUAGUAAUUUGCCUCAUUGCAGCUAUGGUGGCACUGAUUGUGCUGGUAAUCUGCAUAUGCACAUGCAGUCAUCACUGUCGGAAACAGCGGAGGAGGAGGAAGGAGGAAGAAAUGGAGACGCUAGGCAAAAAUUUGUCUGCUAAAAACGAGGAUGUUCUAGAGACAGACAUUGCAUAAAGGUUAUUGAAGGCACCUGCGGGCAGGUUCCAAACUGCAAAAUGUCUUGCUCCGCUGGAAAGGGCAGAAGGGCUGAAGCCUGAACAAUGAAUGCGGAUAAAUGAAAACAAGCUUAUUCACGGUGUGUGUGUUUGUAGCUAGGUCUCCUGAAAGAAAGGGCCAAACCUUUUCAGGGAGAGCUUGUUCCUAAAACGACACAGGGGUUUAAGAGCAUGAAGGUCAUUUGAAAGUCUUCUCUAAAAUUCCUUACUUGCUUUAAGCGUACCUCUUACUGUAGUAAGCAAGGCUUCUGGUAAAACGAUAGGAAUUCUACUGAAUCCCUGCAUCACCUGUAUGGAGAGCUGUGGUGAAAAGGGUUACUUGACAUAUUGCAAAAGCAAUCAAAGACAGUGCCUUAAGACGAUAUAACUGCCCAGAUCAGUCCUAACACUGUCUGACCUUAACCAAUUUUAUAAAGUAUUUGUCCGGAUAACUCGUGUAUUUAAAAAAAAAAAAAAAAAAAAAAAAAAAAAUCUAUUGUAUUUUUCCAGUUGUAAGUGCACUUUGCUUAUAAACUGACCCUGCACUUUCUGGUUCAGUUUUAGGAGAAACAGCUUUAUUUCUAGUUAUGACUUAUGCCAGGGAAACGUCCUUAACCUGCUUUUGCCCUUACUAAAUCCAACAGGAGAAUUAAAUAACCAAGGAAAAGACCCAAUGGGUUAAAUUCACUAAAUGUACUAAAAUAAACUGCACUGAAAAAAA